AUUUUCUUUCUUCGCCAAAGCCUAUCAGAUGCCCAUUUGCCAACGGACCGUCUAAUCAAAUCCUCGUCGUUUUAUCUCCGCAACUCUUUUUUAAACUACGCCCGGCUCCACCACACGCCUCGCCGGCUCUAUCUCCAGCCAAUGCUGGCCUCUUAGUAUAAGCAGAUCCAUUUUGCCUCUAAUUCCUAUCGUCUCCCUCCCUCUAUACGACAAUUUUUUAGAGGGAGAGAAGUGCUUGUUCUCCAAAACCACCGUAAAUGGCUCUUCAUAGGCGGCGCUACCACUAUUACAACCAUCUCCGUUCUCUGCUUCCCCUUAUAUCAGCUGUUUCCGGAGUUCUUCUCAUCCUUUUUGGUCUCCUCUCCAUUCUCGCCCCUUCUCCUACCGUUUCAGAUAGUUUUCGUCACCCUCGCCGUGACUACUCGUCAAAUGUUGGAGCUGAUGUUGCGAUUGGAGAACCAGUUUUUCGUGUUCCGAGCACUGGAGGAAGAUUGGGUCAUGAUGUUUGGACCUCACGAAACUCCAAAUUCUACUAUGGAUGCAGUAAUGCCAGCAAGAAUUUUGCAAAUGCUGGCACUAUCACCCAACGUGAUCGGUAUUUGCUGAUUGCUACAAGUGGAGGCUUGAAUCAACAAAGGACAGGGAUAACUGAUGCUGUUGUUGCUGCCCGUAUUCUAAAUGCUACUCUUGUUGUUCCAAAGCUGGACCAAAAAUCCUUUUGGAAGGAUGCAAGUAAUUUUGCUGAUAUUUUUGAUGUUGAUUGGUUCACUAAGUCUUUAUCAAACGAUGUCAAAAUCAUAAAAAAUCUGCCAAGAAGGAGAGGGAAAACUUGGACUCCACAUAACAUGCGUGUUCCAAGGAAGUGUAGUGAGAGAUGUUAUCAAAAUCGUGUGUUACCUGUUCUUUUGAGAAGGCAUGCAAUUCAGCUGACCAAGUUUGAUUACAGGCUUGCAAACAAGUUGGACACACAAUUGCAAAAGUUGAGAUGUAGAGUUAACUACCAUGCUUUGAAGUUUACAAAUCCUAUUCUUAAAAUGGGCAAGACAUUAGUCCACAGGAUGAGGAUGAAAAGCAAGCAUUUUAUUGCCUUGCAUCUUAGGUAUGAACCUGAUAUGUUGGCAUUCUCAGGAUGCUAUUAUGGUGGAGGUGAUCGGGAAAGGGAAGAACUAGGUGCCAUACGGAAGAGGUGGAAAACUUUACAUAUUAGAAACCCUGACAAGGAAAGGAGGCAUGGAAAAUGCCCUCUCACUCCAAAGGAAGUUGGUCUCAUGUUGAGAGCAUUGGGUUAUGGCAGUGAUGUUCAUAUUUAUGUGGCCUCUGGAGAAGUAUACAAAGGGGAAGAAUCAUUGGCUCCUCUAAAGGCACUCUUCCCGAACUUCUAUACUAAGGAGACUAUAGCCAAAAAGGAGGAGCUGGAACCAUUUUCUUCAUUUUCUUCCCGAAUGGCUGCACUUGACUUCAUUGUUUGUGAUGAAAGUGAUGUAUUUGUUACUAACAACAACGGUAAUAUGGCUAGAAUAUUAGCUGGGCGGAGGAAAUAUUUUGGACACAAACCCACCAUUCGCCCAAAUGCUAAAAAACUUUAUCGUUUGUUCUUGAACGAAGGUAACAUAACAUGGGACGUGUUUGUAUCUAAAGUGCGAAGUUACCAGCGGGGCUUCAUGGGGGAGCCAAAGGAAGUUAGGCCAGGCAGGGGAGAGUUUCAUGAGAACCCGCACACCUGCAUCUGUGAAGAUUCUGAAGCCAAGGCAAAGAAAGAUUCAGGACCUAGAAAGUACGGAAAAGGGUAUAAUGUAACUGGAGAGGAUAGCACAAAUGAUGAUCUAAAUGUUGAUGAUGAGCCAGAACUGUCUGAACCUGAUAAUGAUGGUGAUCAAGAAGGUACUCUGGAGGAUGAUCCACUCAAUGGUACAGGUUUGGAUUACGAGGGAUUCAACUCUGAGGAACCAGAAUUAGAAGAAAUUGUUUCAGACUGACUGGGCUACAAUAGAUUUCUGCCGUGUGCAAUCAAUUAUUUCCAAACUUCCAUUCCUUGUGUUGGGUCUUGCUGCUGCACAUUGUCAGUGUCAUUAACGGUCUGUACAUAACACUGCUAGGAUAGAUGGGUGAAAAGAACCCUUUGAGGGGGCAUCAUCCCAUUCAUCAGCAAGAUAUGGGCCUUGAGUUGAGGAUGAUAACUUUUAUUGAGCCUUCUGCCUCGUUGGCUGUGAAAUUCAAGGAAUGGAUCUUAGACGGGUCUUGGAGGAUGAUUUUUGGAAUUGAGCUUUUUGUCUGACUGCUUGUUAAGAUGCUGAAGGGCGCACUUAAUUGGACCCAUUUCUUUGUAAAAUAGAAAAAGAUGAAAAAAGGGCAUAUGAAAAAAGAUCAAGCUCUAUCUCAUCUGUUUAUCACCAAAAAAUAUUAUCACUUCAUUGUUUCAUUAUAAAAAUGAAAUUUUUAUUAAAAACGAGUUUGAUAAUUAAAAUUUUCAUUUUAAUAAUGAAAUUAAAUUAUUUUAAUAAUUCUUCAAAUGGGACAAAUGAAGUAUUUCAUUAUAAAAAUGUAUUUUAUUAAAAAAGAGUUUGAUAAUUAAAUUUUGAGUACAAAAAGGGUAAGUUGAUAUUUCAUCAUAAAAAUGUAUUUUUUAUUAAAAAGAUUCAAAAAUUAAGUUUAUGAAGAAUAAUUUAAAUAAAUAUAAACAUAAAAGUAAUUUUUUUAAAAAAAAAUUGAUCUUUAUUUAUGAUAGUACAUCCGCUGCUUGAAAUGCUAUGCACCAUGUAUUCUAAUCCCAUCUCGCGCCAAAGACACCUCAUCUCAUUCCUGUCCUGCCCAGGCUAGAUGCAUUUCAGAUGUGAAAGCAGACACCGAUCACGCCAGCUUCAUCACUUGCACUCUCAGCCUUGGAGAGGAAAAUGAGGUUCUGCUUUCUCUUCCAUGAUUUGUUUGAAUGGUAGUGGAACUGAACUCGUAUGCGAGGGCUUGUUUUGACAUUCCUAAUGAGAUCCGGGACCUCUCUUCAUGCCUCAUUGAUCAACGCAUCUUCUCCACUGUCUUCUCUACUGGUACCUCAUUGAUCCCGUUCUGCUUACACUUGUUCCUUUUGUUAGUUAUUAUUAGUUGUUUUGGGUACAUAAUGAAAUCUGUUCGGAAUUGUAAUUUUCAGGCUUGAGUUGCUUCUUUACUGUUAAGCUCAUUAAAUAUUAGGCUGUUAAUUCACCACUAAAGCGUGAUAUUUUACAAUUCUUUUGGUAGGGAAUUGACUGACAUUUUGAGCAUUAUGACAGUUGGUGUUUUUCGGUGAAUCAAUUGCUCACGUGAAAAAUUGAAAGAUCUGGCUGAAAAUAUUUGCUUGCGCCUCUCUUGAUUUUUAUGCAACCAUUAGAAUUUAGAAAUGCCACAGCUGUUGAAUUUUCUUGUCGUUAUUGAAGAUGAAUCAUAUGGAGCAGCUGUAUGGCAGAUUCCUGAAUUAUAUAGCCAGCUAAAUUCACCUCAAUUAGAAAAAAUUGCAUCCCUUGAUGCACACUCUGGCAAGAUUAAUUGGUUAGUUUAUACAUCCUUCUCAUACAAGUCAAUGCCUGUGCAUCCUACUCUUAUUUGUCUUAUCAGACAAAAAAAAUUUACCAAAAAACAUAGACGACUUUAGAAAAGUUAUCAGAUCUGUAUCUCACACCCAUAAGAAACAUUUGGUUCUUUGGUCUUACACUCUUCAUGCAAUCUCACCUGAGAAUCUUGUUUUCUGCAUUUUUAUUUUGUUCAAAUUUUCCUUCAAGUUAUUUUUAGCCAUGUGAAUUUUGUAUUUUGUGCUUAAUUAGUGGGGUUUAAUCCUUGCAUAUUUUUCCUUUGGCUCACUUUAUUUGUUCAUCAAACAGCACUUUAUGGUGGCCAUCUGGGAGAAAUGAUAAGCCAAUCAGCAUUGAUGAGGAAUAUCUUUUCUUAUUGAGUUUAGAUUGUUCUAGAAAAGCAGCCCAGGCAGAGUUUUUGAUAGAGAUUCUAGCAUAAUGAUGGUUCUGGUGUUUAUGUAUGUGGUACAACAUUUAACUGCCAAGUCAUACCAUCAAGUGAACUCAUUUUGUUGGUCAUGCCUCUUGCUGGAAACAUAAUCUUGGAAGACAUCAUCAGUCUGCAAUUUGUGACCCUAAAUGAAGUUCACUUGUUGAGAAAAUGCAUAGAACUUUACCAGUACCUUGAAUUCUUACGCAGAUGCUUAUUCAGAUGUUGCAAAAUCUAGGUUCAUUCCAAGGAGUCAUCCAGUAUGUUGCAUUACUUAUCUGGUGGAGCAUGGGAUCCACAUGAUGUGAAUGCUGUUGCUGCAAUCUGUGAAUCCUCAAUCCAGUUUGGGUUCUAUUAAAAAUGAAGUACAAAUCUUUUACAUAUAUUUUGCAACUCCAUAAUCUUUUGUAUCGGCCAAAUGUCAAGUAUUCUUUCUGGAACUGCUAAUUGUUUGAAGUUUUUUACACAAUCUAUUUUUUGCUUCAUGUCUCAUUAUGGCAACAUACUUACGUACUUACAGGAAGACAAAUUCAAUUGACUGCGCCCAUGUCUCCAAUGCCAACUAUGACACCAAGGACAAGCACACAGUUGUUACUGCAGAGGAUGAAUCUGGGAUACACGUGGCACCUUAGAAUGCCAAAAGUUCCUAUCAAAGAGCUUCCUGGACAUUCAACCUGGUAAUAGAUUUAGGCUCUGUUAGGAUUCUGGAACUCUGAUCUCUUUUGGUCACGUUCCCAAUUGGUGACCUGCUUAGUCAUAUGCUUAACUGUGUUUUUAUAUUAUUCUUAUUUGCUAAAGUUUGCGUGCAGUUGGUUCUCUCUGGUGUUAAGUGAUCAUGUUUAGGCAUUUUAUAGUUGUCUCAUCAUGCUUGCAUUUGUUGGCAGGACAUGGGCUACCGCAAGUAACCCAGAGUGCAAUGGGCUUAUUUCUGAGUUAAGCUUUGCAGAGUGGUGGUAUAGGUUCGAGAGUUAAACUUGUGGUUGGCUUCUACAUCAACUGAUGAUGAGAUGACAUCUGAGAGGUCAUUUUCUGGCUGUAUCCUCAAAGUUUAUUGUGACUUCCUAUUAUUUUUGCUUUUGGUAGCCAGGUUGAGUCACCAACUCGGCUAGUUGAUCCAUUGCUUAAUUCAUACAGUGAUUUUUAAGACAGUGCAUAUGGCAACCAGCCUAGCUAUCUGGUAUCUUAUGAACAGCACUUUUUGAGCUAUAUCUGACCAAUUUGAACUGUGAUUUUAGGUCUAGCUUGGAUUUCUCGUGAGCCUUGUAUUUUUGCUUCGUCAUCUUAUGAUGGAAGAGUAAGACGCUUAUCAUUUAUCAUAGGGAGAAACAGUAGAAAUAAAAUUUUAUUCUCUUGUGGAGGAAAAAUAAACUUAGCAACGAUACUGUAGGAUUUGUGGCUGGUAGCUGAUUGACUGAAGAAACUGUCCUAAGCAAACACAAGUUGAUAUUGUCAUGUUCUCAGUCACAAUAUGGGGAUUUUUUUUUUUUGACACCCGACCGAUAGAUCUUACUUUAGGGAGUGAGAUUGCAUGAGGAACUGAUCCAUUACAUGUCAACGCUCUCUCAACGAUUUGUUCAUGUAUCAUAGGUAGUUGUAGAAUCAGUAAAGCCUUUCCUCUACAAAAAGUGAAUUCACUAUAGUCUGCCCUUGUGCGACAACUCUCUUCUGGUUUUUCCACUACCUAAUGUAAAUUGUUAGAUAGGACCACGCAGAAGAACCAGACCUAAAAUAUGAUAUUGGAGGGUACCAUAGUGGCUCAACAAGAUGGAAUUGAUGCAAGUGGCCAUUGAAAUAAAGAUGGCCACUGAUUCUUUCUCCUUUCAUUUCAAGCUUUAUUCUUAUUUCGGACGUCGGGCUUAGGGAAGUAAAUUAAUGGGUUGCUGAAUAUAACCAUUUUCUUUUGUAGGCCAGCCCCUUCUUUAUUCGCCAUUGUUUGGCUAUUUACAAGCAUUGUGCUCUUGUAGAUGUCUCCGUUUAAUGUGAACGUGGUCUCCGUUAUUGUUUUUGAGAGAUACAUGUACAAGACAAGAUCAAGAUGUCCCUCUAAGAAAAGAGUCCAGUACGCAAGACCUGCCACCCAUGUUCUUUUCCUUGUUUCAUUUAUGAAAGUAACAUGAUUUAUAUUUGUUGCUAUUUUCAAAUAUAAAUGGUGCAAUUUUCUUAAAAAAAAUGCAAUUGAAUUUAUUGAAAAGCCAAAA